GCUGGAUCGGAUAAUGUGUGAGUGAUAAGUGACAGGUAACACCGAUAACAGUCUAUAAAAGUCACUGAUAACUUUAGCGAUACAGUUAAAGAGACAAUAAACGCCAUUGCAGUUUUUUAAUUCAGUUACAUUCAAGUAUCCAAAACUUUGCAAAGUUUAGAAUUUGGAUGCAGUGAGUCCUGUUUGAGCAUCUAUAAAAUCAGCUAAACUGUAAACGAGAAGCUGUAAUUCAAAAGUGAAAAUAAUGGCGGUUGCUGCCUGGUUAUUGUUUGCCAUGAUGUGCAGCUUGUCGCUAGCCGGGAUGGGCCUGUGUGGCUCACUAAACAGACCACUAGUAAAAUCACCAUCCCGCAGUCGCCGCUCUGAUGAUGUUGAUCCACUUACUGCUGUUGUCAACCAACUCUCCCAGGAAGUGUUGCAGCUGAAAACGAGUCUAGCUGCACUGGAGGCUAGUCAGGCUAGACUAGCAGGCAGCCAGACUAUGUCAGUCAGCUUUACCGUCCACUUCUCUAAGGCAGACGUGGUUGGGCUAGGCACGGAUCAAAUUCUCGUCUUCGAUGUUGCCAGGAACAACAUCGGCAAUGGUUACAACACAGGCACUGGUUUCUUCACAGCGCCAGUCGCCGGAAGUUACGUCUUCUUUCUCGGCAUGCAGCGCCACGGCGACGACGAGUCGACUUUCAUCGCAUCCAUUGUGAAAGGAACAACAACCAUUGGCGUCGCAGAGGCCGGCUACAGUCCUUUCGAGCACGGGAGUAUGUUGGUGACAACUCACCUCGAGCGAGGGGACACUGUGUGUGUAAAGGCGAGCCACGGAACCACAGUCUAUGGAGGUAUGUCCACGGUCUUCUCUGGAUUUCUGCUCCACCAGAACUGAUGGCAUCUGAGAACAGCAGAUUUCAAAAACCUCUACUGAAUUUCCCAGUAUGGAUAAAAAUAUAUGAAAGUAUAUCAUACUUUAGAAAUAUAUAUAUAUCAUAUAGAUCCCGUUAUAUACACACGACUCAUCUUGAGUGACAGGACGAGUGUGUAGAAGUACAGUCUGGAGCUGUAACAGCUGCUUUCUGGUGGUUUUCUUUUGGAAUCGUGCGAUGUCUGAUUCAGAAUGCCAUGCUAUAGGAUCGGGAAUAUUCGGAGAACAUCUAAAAGCUAACAUUUUCGUUGGUUCUGAAAAUAAUGUAAUUAUUUUGUUAUAUUUUCUAGAAUGAUUAUCGGCAUAUUUUUUGCGGGAUAGCCUUUCCAUGAGAAAUGUGCCCUGACAGUGAUCACAGGUAUGUAGCUAUGUGUUUUUUAACUAAACUACCACCAGCAAUAAACAAAAUUCGAACGUUUGAGAAUGAUUUUUUCCAUCCAGGAUUACGAUUUCAU